AUGUUGAAAGUGAUCCAGAAGAAGAAUCACUGGACUAGCAGGGUUCACGAAUGCACUGUGAGGCGGGGGCCCCAGGGCGAGCUGGGGGUGGUGGUGCUGGGGGGCGCGGAGAACGGGGAGUUUCCUUAUGUCGGAGCGGCGGCGGCCGAGGCGGCGGGGCUUCCCGGCGAGGCCCCGAGGCUGGGCGAAGGGGAGCUGCUUCUUGAGGUGCAGGGCAUCCGGGUGGCCGGCUUGCCCCGCUAUGACGUGUUGGGAGUCAUCGACAGCUGCAAGGAGGCCGUCACCUUCAAAGCCGUCAGACAAGGAGGCAGGCUGAACAAAGACCUGCGACAUUUUCUCAAUCAGCGCUUCCAGAAGGGGUCUCCUGACCAUGAGCUGCAGCAGACCAUAAGGGAUAACCUUUACCGCCAUGCUGUGCCUUGCACAACCCGAUCACCGAGAGAAGGAGAAGUGCCUGGCGUCGACUAUAACUUUCUGACUGUGAAGGAGUUCUUGGACCUUGAGCAGAGCGGGACCCUUCUGGAGGUCGGCACCUAUGAAGGAAACUAUUAUGGGACACCCAAACCUCCUAGCCAGCCAGUCAGAGGGAAAGUGACCACUACGGAUGCCUUGCAAAGCCUUCAGUCUGGCUCCAAGCAGUCGACCCCGAAGCGAACCAAGUCUUACAAUGAUAUGCAAAAUGCUGGCAUAGUCCACACAGAGAAUGAGGAGGAGGAUGACGUUCCUGAAAUGAACAGUAGCUUUACAGCCGAUUCUGGUGACCAGGACGAGCAUUCUCUCCAGGAGACAACGCUACCACCUGUGAAUAGUGGCAUCCUUGCUGCUCCCAUCACGGACCCUUCUCAGAAGUUCCCUCAAUACCUACCUCUUUCUGCAGAGGAUAAUUUAGGUCCUCUACCGGAAAACUGGGAGAUGGCCUAUACCGAAAAUGGAGAAGUCUAUUUUAUAGACCAUAACACGAAGACAACGUCUUGGCUGGACCCUCGGUGCCUGAACAAGCGGCAGAAGCCCCUGGAAGAGUGUGAAGAUGAUGAAGGGGUACACACCGAGGAGCUGGACAGUGAACUAGAACUGCCUGCUGGUUGGGAAAAGAUUGAAGACCCUGUCUAUGGUAUCUACUAUGUAGACCACAUCAACAGGAAGACACAAUACGAGAACCCCGUUCUGGAAGCCAAACGGAAGAAGCAGCUUGAGCAGCAGCAACAACAGCAACAGCAGCAACAACAGCAACCAGAAGAAUGGACGGAAGAUCAUUCAUCCCUUGUGCCUCCUGCUGUUCCAAGCCACCCCCCGAGCAAUCCGGAGCCAGCCAGAGAUGCUCCACUUCAGGGCAAACCCUUUUUUACGCGAAACCCUUCUGAGUUGAAAGGCAAGUUCAUUCACACGAAGCUGCGGAAAAGCAGUCGUGGCUUUGGCUUCACGGUCGUCGGAGGAGAUGAACCUGAUGAAUUUCUCCAGAUCAAGAGCUUGGUCCUGGAUGGGCCUGCCGCACUCGAUGGCAAGAUGGAGACAGGAGAUGUAAUUGUCAGCGUGAACGACACCUGUGUUUUGGGACACACGCAUGCUCAAGUUGUGAAAAUCUUCCAGUCCAUUCCCAUCGGUGCCAGUGUGGACCUUGAACUCUGCCGAGGUUAUCCAUUGCCUUUUGACCCAGAUGACCCCAAUACAAGUUUGGUUACCUCAGUGGCCAUAUUAGAUAAAGAACCAAUUAUUGUGAAUGGCCAAGAGACCUAUGACUCACCAGCCAGCCACAGUAGUAAGACAGGCAAAGUCAACACCACGAAGGAUGCCAGGCCCAGCAGUCCGGCUGACAUGGCUUCAAACGGUUCCCAUAGUUACCCCAAUGACACCGUCUCUCUGGCUUCCUCCAUUGCCACUCAGCCGGAACUCAUAACUGUUCAUAUAGUCAAGGGGCCCAUGGGCUUUGGUUUUACAAUCGCAGACAGUCCUGGAGGUGGUGGCCAAAGAGUGAAACAGAUUGUCGACAGUCCCAGGUGCCGCGGCCUGAAAGAAGGGGAUCUUAUAGUGGAAGUGAACAAGAAGAACGUGCAAGCGCUGACUCACAACCAAGUGGUGGACAUGCUGAUCGAAUGCCCAAAGGGAAGCGAGGUGACGUUGCUGGUGCAAAGAGGAGGGCUGCCAGUCGCAAAGAAAAGCCCAAAGUCGCAACCACUGGAGAGGAAAGACAGCCAGAACAGCUCGCAGCACAGUGCGUCCAGCCACCGGAGCCUGCCCACGGCGUCCCCCGGCCACGGCACACAGGCGCUGCCCGAUUACUCACCUGCCGAAGCCCCUGCGCCUGAUCACACCGACAGCUCUGGGCAGAAAAAACCAGAUCCCUUUAAAAUCUGGGCCCAGUCCAGGAGCAUGUAUGAAAACCGACUUCCAGAUUACCAAGAACAGGACAUCUUCCUGUGGAGAAAAGAGACUGGAUUUGGAUUUAGGAUUCUAGGUGGAAAUGAACCAGGAGAACCUAUUUAUAUCGGUCACAUUGUACCACUGGGUGCUGCUGAUACGGACGGCCGCCUGAGGUCUGGAGAUGAAUUAAUCUGUGUCGAUGGGACACCAGUAAUUGGAAAAUCACACCAGCUUGUGGUCCAGCUUAUGCAACAAGCUGCCAAGCAAGGCCAUGUCAACCUCACUGUGCGGCGCAAAGUGGUGUUUGCAGUCCCCAAGGGGGAGAACGAGGUGCCGUCGCCCGCGUCCUCACACCACAGCAGCACGCAGCCGGCCUCGCUGACGGAGGAGAAGCGCACACCGCAGGGCAGCCAGAACUCGCUCAACACAGUGAGCUCGGGCAGCGGCAGCACGAGCGGCAUCGGCAGUGGCGGCGGCGGUGGCAGCGGCGUGGUGAGCGCAGUGCAGCCCUAUGACGUGGAGAUCCGGCGAGGCGAGAACGAGGGCUUCGGCUUCGUCAUCGUGUCCUCCGUGAGCAGGCCCGAGGCGGGCACCACGUUCGGCAAUGCAUGUGUGGCUAUGCCUCACAAAAUAGGUCGGAUUAUUGAGGGGAGCCCUGCUGACCGCUGUGGGAAGCUGAAAGUAGGAGACCGGAUCUUGGCAGUAAAUGGAUGCUCCAUCACCAACAAGUCCCAUUCCGACAUUGUCAACCUAAUCAAGGAAGCAGGAAACACAGUCACCCUCCGCAUCAUUCCUGGGGAUGAGUCCUCAAAUGCCACCUUGCUGACCAAUGCAGAGAAGAUCGCCACCAUCACCACCACACACGCCCCACCUCAGCAAGGGACCCAAGACACAAGGACCACCACCAAACCAAAGCAGGAAUCUCAGUUUGAGUUCAAAGCACCCCAGACAACACAGGAGCAAGAUUUUUACACUGUGGAACUGGAAAGAGGGGCCAAAGGAUUUGGCUUUAGCCUUCGAGGCGGCCGAGAGUAUAACAUGGACCUCUAUGUCCUGCGCUUAGCAGAGGAUGGUCCUGCAGAAAGAUGUGGGAAAAUGAGGAUUGGUGAUGAAAUUUUGGAGAUUAACGGCGAGACCACCAAAAAUAUGAAGCAUUCUCGGGCUAUAGAACUGAUUAAGAAUGGCGGCCGCAGAGUACGCCUGUUUCUGAAGCGGGGAGACGGCUCGGUACCGGAAUAUGACCCCAGCAGCGACCGGCACGGCCCCCCCACCAGUCCACAAGGUGUUCCGGAAAUGAGAGCCGGCCCAUCAGAUCGCCGACAGCAUCCAUCAUUGGAGUCCAGUUAUCCACCCGAUCUUCACAAAUCAUUACAACAUGGGGAAAAGCGGGCACAUGUCAAAGACCCAAAAGGCACCAGAGACCAUAGCAGACAGCCCAACGAACACCACACGUGGAAUGGAACUUCUAAAAAACCCGACCCCGGGGCGUGCAGGCCCAAGGACCAGGCCCCCGAGGGACGAAGAGAAACCCCACCUGAGCGGCUGGUGGCCAAUGGACCCCAGCGGAGGGCUCCGGAAAAGUGGAGGGAAGGCACCCGCAGUGCUGACAAUACUUUGGAGAGGAGAGAGAAGCAUGAGAGAAGGAGAGAGGUGUCUCCUGAGAGGAGGCGGGAGAGGUCACCCACCCGCAGAAGAGACGGGUCUCCCAGCCGUCGGAGGAGGUCCCUCGAGAGGCUCCUGGAUCAGAGAAGGUCCCCAGAGCAGAGGAAGGUGGGCUCUCCAGAAAGGAGAGCGAAGUCCACCGACCGCCGGCGAGCCAAGUCCCCUGAGAGGAGGAGAGAGCGGUCACUUGAGAAAAGAAGCAGGGAGGACAGAGGCCACCGUGAGAGAGAAGAGACCACUCUGAAACCUGAGGCGGCCAGAAGCUCCAAGCAUCCCUCCGAGCAGAGGCGACGACCAUACAAAGAGUGUAGCACCGACCUCAGUAUCUGA